CUGUAUGUAAAAUGUUUUACAGAAGCUCAGCAUUGUAGAGGCAGCUCUGAUCAGUGACAGUAGCAGUUGUAAUCCAGUCUCCAUUAUCCUUUUCCUCAUGGCUCUCUUCAAUAAAGCAGUGGUAGCACUGACUGGGAUACUUGUUGCCGUUUACUUCUAUUCUGGGAAACCAGUGUUCGAACCAUCUAUGUUAAAAGGCAAGAGAGUAAUCAUUACUGGAGCAAGCUCUGGCAUUGGAGAGCAGAUGGCAUAUCACCUGGCUAGGAUGGGAUCCCAAAUAUUAAUAACUGCGCGCACUGAAGAGAAACUCAAAAAGGUUGUAGAAAAGUGUACAAAGCUUGGAUCAGCAUCUGCCCAUUAUAUACCUGGAAGCAUGGACAACAUGACUUUUGCUAAACAAGUAGUUCAUGAAGCAGAGCGUUUAUUUGGUGGCCUGGACAUGCUCAUUUUGAACCACAUUGGUUUCACAUACUUUGGCUUCUUCGAUGGAGAUGUGGACCAUAUAAGAAAACUACUGGAAAUUAACCUUCUAAGUUAUGCAACUAUGACGGUGGAGGCUCUUCCUAUGCUUAAAGCAAGUGGUGGCAAUAUUGUGGCGGUCUCCUCCUUUGCUGGUAAAGUUGGAUUACCUCUCACUGUGCCUUAUUCUACCACCAAGUUUGCCCUUGAUGGUUUCUUCAGCUCACUGAGAAUGGAGUUCUACCACCAGAAAGUUAACGUCUCCAUUACAUUGUGUGUUCUCAGCUAUAUUGACACAGAUACUGCUUUAAAUACUGUUUCAAGUGUGAUUCAGCAGCCUGCUGCUCCAAAGGAGGAAUGCGCUUAUGAAAUUAUUAAAGGUGGAGCUUUGCGCCAAAGGGAAGUAUAUUACCAAUAUGCAACCAUCAAGAUCCCAAUGCUUUUAAGAGACUGGGCCCCUGAAUUUUUAGAAUAUCUUGUACUUAAAAACUACAAUGUGGAUGCACUCGGCAAGAAGGAAUGAAAAGUGAUAUGUCAGCAAAGGAAGAAAAACACGCUUUUGUAAAAUAUGUAUUAAGUAAUAUGUAAUAAGUAUUUAGAAUUUGAAAUCAAGUCUUAAGACUUUUUUUGAAGAAGAGAAAAAUUUGUCAUCUGUAUCUUUAUAUUAUAAUAACAGACAUUACAAAUGCAGUAAAACAUGAAUAAUUGUCAUAAAAAAAACAAAAAGAUGAAUAAUUGUCAACUACUGAUAAUUAAAAAAGUUCCUUAUUUUAAUAUUAUAGACAAUGUUUGACAACCUCUUAACCAAUGUGCAGAAUAAAAAAAACAAAUCUACCCCA